UGAGGCAACUAAUGGAAAUGUUAUUCGAAUGUUCAUCAUCAUUCUUCAUUACUUCACAAUUCCAUCUUGAAAUAAGUUCUUUUCUAAAUUCUGAAUUCGUCAUGUGCUUCACCUUCAUAAUUUUUCAGUUGAUGUUUUCUAUAAAUUCAUCUUUGGGAGCCAACCCUGUAAAUAAGCUAAUGAUAUUUCCUGUGAAUUUAUCUUCAGUAGCAAAACCUGAAAAUAAGACACACGAAGCAGAAGGCACAAAUCAAGACACGAAGCCAACGAACGAAUCGACCAAAUUUACAAAAUGUAUUAAAAAAUCGGAAUUGGAAGAAUUUGUCCAAUGCAAGCAAAAAUUUGAUAUGAAAAAUAACAUAGAUCAGUUUGAAACGCACUGGGGUAUACAUUUCGAACCGAAUUCAGCCGAAUUGGAUAAAUUUCAAUCGCCGGUCGAUCUAGAUUAUGAGAUUCGUCGCCUAAAAUGGAUAUAUAUUCUGGAGAAUUUCGGAGAUUCUCUCGCAAUCAAAGGAUUAAAUUCGGUAUUGCUAAAAGCUGGUAUUAAUAGGACCACGUUCUGUGAUGAUAUCGCUGACUCGUACAUGAGGCUUACACAUUUCGAAGGAGAAUCAGUCACUUAUGCCAAUCUAAUGCAGAAAAAAAGCGUGCAAGUGUUUCAAAACUAUGUCUCGGAUUCCAAAUACAAGUGUGAUGAAAAUGAGAAACAAGUACAGGUUCCCGAAUCGUUGUACAACGAAUUGAUUCGUAGCAGUGCCAACGUAGCGGUUCUGAAACGACAUCACGAAGAUAAAAUUGCACUUCUGAAACAGCGUUACGAAAAAAAAAUUUCGAAUUUGAAGAGAAUUUGCAGCAAAAGAAUUGAAGAGUGCAAGGAAGAAAGCGAUUAUGAUAAGAGGUCGAUGAUAAAUGAAGAUAUUAGCUCUGAGUACUGAAAUGAGAAGAAAAUUUACUCUGUUGUACUGACGAGCGACGUUAUAAAUUGGAUGAAAAUGUGACGUGUACUGCUUUGCGUACUGUACGGAA